AUGCUCCGCCGCCCCAUCCACCUGACCGCCAACCGCAGCCCGGCGCCCGACCAUGGGCCAGAACCACAUAAGGAAGCAGUGGAAGAAGGCCACGGCAGCACCAGUUACCGGGCACCUGCCAACUCCACCCCCAAACCCGGGGGGCACCCCAGCCCGCCGGCCACCCACACCCCCGCGUGGCGCACCACGGCCCACCAAGCAGUCCAGCCGGCCAGCCCCUCCACCACAGCGGGGCCACAUCCCAAUCAACGCUGGCUAAGACCCCCCUAUUGGAGCCUGGAACCCCCCCAGCCAGCAGACCAGGGGCCGAGAUCCAAGGGAACCCAAGCGAUCCCGAGAGAGGGCACGGCGAAGACCACUAACCCCAAUUACACACAACCCACCAGGAACCAUCCAGCAAACGAGCAAACACCACCCCAGCACAAGGCCAAGAAGACAGACGCAAGCGCAGAGCUUAGCGACGCCCGCCCUGCCGCACCCAGGCCCGGAGACCCCUCCGAACCCCCUCCCCCAGACACAAAAGGGACUGGCGUCAGUAACCGGAACCAAGACAAGGAACCAGAAACCGAGCCGGAACCACCCAAGACCAAACAACGCCCACACCCAUCCAGGGCCAACCACCCAUCCCCACCCCAGAAGGAAACCUACACCCACACCAACAUUCGAACAACUCCCAGAGCACAUAAGACAUUGGACACUCAGGUUGACCCUGCCCCACCCCCUCCCGCAGACCCUCCACCCCGCCAGCAGAAUUACCUAAAGGUGAUAGUUAACUCUGCUAACUGUAAAGAAAAUCCAUCUUACACAUUUAAAGCUUGCCUGGCAGACAUACAGCUCUAA